GCGGGUUAUAGGCCUAUAUAGUUCUCUUGGAUUCCAGAAAAACACUGCGGAGACAUAAUUAUUUGGAGCGGUGGAGGAGGCCUUUUAUAGUUCACCUCCUGUAGAGUUAUCACUGGCAACGGAAGUAGAGCCAUGUCUGCAGAACCAGACUUUAAAAUUGACAUUUCGACCAGGGGCUUUGCGGAGGAAGAGAGCCCACUCACGACGCGAGAAAUAAACCUCAGAAAAACGUUUGGCUACAGAACAGUACUCAUCCAACCCUCAGAGGAAAUUGGUCACGGCUAAUAUGGAAGAGUCUUUAAAGCCAAGCUUGACGGUCUUCCUUGUGCCGCCAAACUCCUUCACCACACCUUCUUCACCUCACAUGAUCCUCACGUUGCCGACUUCAUUCGACGCUUCAAGCAGGAGUGCCGGAUCCUGCGUCACCAGAAGCAUCCGAGCAUCGUGCAGUUCCUGGGGGUCCUGGAAGACCCUCGACCUCGCAACAAUCGCAGACCGAUUCUCCUCAUGGAGCUGAUGGAGCAGAGCCUCACUGACUUCCUAGAGAGCCGACAGAGAGCUCUCCCCUAUCAUGUCCAGGUGAACAUCACCUACGACAUCACUCUGGCCCUCGAUUACCUUCACGGCAACGGUAUUCAACACCGUGACCUCUCAAGCAACAACAUUCUUCUCACUGCUGGUUCCCGGGCCAAGCUGACCGACUUUGGCAUGUCCAAGAUGGUCGACCUCAACCCUCGCAUGAGCAGAAACAAGCAAACCAUGUGCCCUGGCACAGAGGUCUACAUGCCCCCUGAAGCAUUGCUUGAUGUACCUGUGUAUUCCGACAAGAUUGACGUGUUCUCCACUGGAGUGCUCAUUGUUCAGAUCAUCACACGUCGGUUCCCUAAACCAACAGCUCGUCACAAUCCAGUGAUAGAUCCCAGGUAUCAAAAGAGAAUUCUUGUCCCCAUUCCUGAGCUUGAGCGCCGAAAGAACGACCUCCAAGAAGUUUUCAUGACCCACUCACUUCGCCCAAUGGCCUUAGAAUGCCUCAAAGACGAAGAGAAAGAAAGGCCCACUGCAGGCAACCUCUGCCAGAGACUGGCACAGCUGAGGUCAACUCCAGAGUAUGGAGAGAGCAAGUCCCAGUACAACCAA